AUGAGUCUCGCCGCCAUCCGCCAAACGCCUCUUCGGCCUCUGCCCUUGCCGCCUUUGCCGAAAACACACCAUCUCCAGCUUCGCAAAAACCUCACAUCUGCCAUUGUCACCCUCGUCGUCGGCCGCGACCAGCGCAUCUUUGCCGCCCACGAAGACAUUCUCUGUGCCUCUCCGUACUUCCGACAGGUCCUUCACGGGCAGAUGUACUACGAAAAGCACCAGGCUGGCAUACUGAGCAGCCCUAAAAACCCUGGCAGCCCCGGCUCGAGGCGGAUAGCACUGUCCGAAGACGAGCCCGAGAUCUUCUCGUCCGUUCUCGAGUACCUCUACAAAGGCGACUACUAUCCGCGACUGAUUCACAACAAACGACACAACUCGUGGGAGCUAGAGCGCGGAGAGGCCAGCGGAACGGAUAUGGAGAAUGGCGAUGGUGGUGCUGUCUCUUCAGAAGCAACCAUCUACCACCACGUUGUCGACGGCGAUCUGCUCAAGGACACGGUGAUAUACUGCACAGCUGACAAGUAUGGCCUGGACGAGCUGAAACGGAUUGCGCUCCGAAAGCAAGGACUUCAAGCCGGAAUCCAGUGCAGCACCAUACUGUCAUCUGCACGAUACGCAUAUGCGCACACGCCUGACACUGAUUCCAAGCUGCGUGCUCAUUACCUGGCUCUCAUCAUCCGGAGCCGCAGCACCUUCAAACGCAGCGGCACCAUGCAGUUGGAGAUGUUUAAUGGCGGGUCGCAGCUAUUCUUCGACCUUUUCGUGGCCCUCUGCAACCAUGUCGACGACAUCUCGUCGGUCCAGUAA